AAAAGGGGGUCAGUGUGAGUCUUGCAGCAGCAGCAGCAGCAGCCUGUAGCGCCUCCCUCUGUGGGCAGGACGAGCCUCAGCUCUCUAAGACUCUCCAAUUCCAGCCCAGGCUGCCUCCAGUCUGUGUGCCAGCAAAGCUGCGAUCAGGGUGUGCAGUCCCAGGAUGGAUCCCAGGGUGCAAGACACAGGGAUGAUGUGAGGCUCUACAGAUGGGGGUUUCGUCCACCAACCUGCGCAGGUUGAGGCUUGGGAAGCUGAAAAUUGUACGCCGACGGCUCCUGCAGCAUUAUGAGCAUCAGCCUUUCAUCUCGCUGCUGGCAGGCCUCUACAGCUGUAGAUGGAAACGGUACCAGCGCCAGAAGACCGAGCCUGGGCAGUGGUGCUGCCGAUGGAAGGAGAGCCUGUUCUUCUUGUUUCUGAUCAGUGCGUUCUGCCUGUCUCUGGUCUUCUUGUAUUUCUGGGGGGAAGCAAAGAAUGACUACAAUGAUUUUGACUGGUACACCUAUCGCAGUCUGGGAUACUGGUUCCUCUGGUCUUUACUGAUCCUGGUGGUGGUGGCGGUUCUGUUUUCAUAUAUUGCACUAUUAGUGGUUUUAGCGGUAUGUUUGUUGUCAGAAGGUCAGGAGCUCUAUCUACACUGGAGUCACAAGGCCGGGACGCUGGUCGCUCUUGUGUUUUUUAUUGCUGCUCUCGCUGCCCUGUCUAAUUUAUGGGGUGAAGAAUGGUCUGCUGUUCGCCUUUCCUUCCAGGUGACGGCUCCGUACUUGCACAUUGGUUCCCUGGCAGCCAUGACCCUUCUGGCCUGGCCGGCGGCCCUUUAUUUUGUCCGGAUGGCUAAAAGAAGCUCCCAGCUGAUAAUAACAGGUCCAUAUUUCGCUGUGCUACUGUUUCUGUAUUUUAUUCCACUUGGAAUGUACUCCCCCUGCAUCAGAGAGGAGGGGACACUGGGGGCUAAACCUCUGCUGAUUGGGCACAGGGGGUCACCAAUGCUGGCGCCGGAAAACACCAGGAUGUCGUUUGAAAGAACUAUCGAGCACGAAGGAGACGGCCUGGAGUCGGACGUUACAAUCAGCUAUGACGGGGUUCCGUUCCUCAUGCAUGACAGCACUUUGAAGAGGACAACAAACAUUCGGGAGGUCUAUCCAAACCUGACUAACGCCAACGCUGCCAUGUUUCCCUGGGAUCUGCUGGAGACUCUCAAUGCUGGGAAAUGGUUCAAACAGAACCCACCAUUUUCCUCCAUGGAUUCCCUGUCUGAGGAAGAUCGGCAGACCGCCAUGAAUCAGUCCAUUUUUAAGCUGAGUGACUACCUGAAGCUUGCGGAUCGUGCCAAUAAGACGGUGAUCUUUGACCUGUAUCGGCCCCCGAAGGAACACCCCUACAGGGAUUCCUGGAUCAAUCGAACGCUCGAUGUAAUUCUCAAUGAAACUUCCAUUGAUCCCAAACUGGUCUUUUGGCUGGCCAGCGACAUGCGGCCCUUUGUGCACACGGUGGCUCCGGGGUUUCAGCAGACGCUCGGCUUCAAGGCAUCUGUGGAAGAUCUGGUCAGCAAUCACAUAGUUAAACUCAACCUUCCUUACAGCGAAAUCUCCCAGCGUGAUAUCAGAAUGUAUGCUGCUGCCAAUAUAACCACCAACCUGUAUGUGGUCAGCGAGCCUUGGCUAUACUCCCUGGCCUGGUGUGCCGGUGCCCAUUCCGUUACCACAAACUCCGUGCGCACACUCAAGAGGAUGGAUAAGCCCAUGUUCCUGCUGACUCCGGCUCAGUACAACCUCAUGUGGAUUCUCACAGAUAUCAUUUCGGCCUUCCUGAUCGUUCUGAUUUUUGUUCUGCACUGGUGGAGAGAGAGGGGCUGUUCCUGCUGCCCAGAAAGUCAUGAGGUUUCUGAUGCCAGUUUCUACAACACGUUCAGAACUGACAUGGACAUGUCGGUGUCGGAGGACAGUUAUGGGAGGAGUCUGCCUACCACCCCAAACGCGAGAUCCAAUGCUGACAACAUGGGCUCUGCAGAAAUUGCCUGAGACGAGGCUCCACCAUUUUCGAUGUUGAGCUUUUUAAAGGCCAGUGACCCUGAAGAGUUGGUGCAUCUGUAUGAGGAGCCCUCUGAUUCCUCCGGCAGGUGCCUGGGCUGGGACUGGAUAUGUGCCAUUGGAGCUGCUUCUUACACACAAAUGAGGCAGUCAUCGUGAGACUAGACCAGU